CUGAACUUGAAAAAAUCUCUUCUUCCUCUCCAUCCUCAAAAUUCACUUGGAAGAUCAACAAAUUUUCGAAAUUUACAUCCAUGUCUACUUACAGUGAUGUUUUCUCUGUUAAUGGUUUCAAAUGGAAAGCAUGUAUUUGUCCAAAGAGAAGGGAGGAAGUGUACGACCACAUAUCACUAUUUCUAGUUCCGAUUUGACGAAAUCCGUCGACACCCAGUUCAGUUUUGCGAUUAUUAGUCAAAAGGAUCGAAACAACACUCUCAAAUUUGAACUGAAACACAAUUUCCAUGAAGGGACAAGCCAGGGGUUUGGUUGGACUUUUUUCAUGCCUCUGGUUGAACUACACGACCGUACUAAAGGCUAUAUUGUUGAUGAUACUUGUGUCAUUUCAAUUGACGUCACUUGUUUGAUGAAAGAACCAAAAGAAGAAGACGACUCAACAGCGAAACAGCGCAGCUGCAGCAGCAAAGAAGAGGAAGAGAAAGACUCGACAGUGAAACAGCCCAGCAGCAGCAAUCCACUCAAGAGCCCAACUGCGAAGCCAAAACGCACCAAAACCAUGGCGACUAAUCGAAGACGUAAUUAAGCAGGCAGUAGAGAUGGUAAUUUGGAUUGAAGAAGGUAUAUUGUCAAGUCAUAGAAAGGGGAUUAGGAUUACUAAUACUACAUGGAAAAGUGUUAUCUAGAAAGAAAGAAAUAGGUGAAUAGUUUGUGUUCGAAGAAAUGUCUCACAGAAAAUAAAGUUGCUAGUAGUGAAAUUAACAGAAACUGAGUUAGUAAGGCUGGUUUACAAUAAAAUCUAUUUGGAGUAGCUC